AUGGCCCUAAAAAAACUUGCUAAAGGGAGCUUUGAAAGCAGCAUCACAAGUUACGUGCCCGUCGAGUCAUGGUUUGCGAUUUGCUACUUUGGCGUUUUGGGAGUUUUUGGACUGGUCGCUAAUUUGGUCGUUAUUGUCGUCUUUAUGGGCACUUUGAGAAGGAAAAUGAAUCCCUCUUUUGGCUACAUUUUGAACAUGGCUGCGGCGGACAUCUUCAUGCUUCUUCACCUGGAAUGUGUUUUAUCAUUUACUCAGAAGUGCGGGCUUUUAGAAUUCUGGCUGGGCUAG